AUGGACCAAAAGAGAGCCGCAGAUACUUUAACAGAAAUCAUUCAAGACCUCUUCUCUUAUGAUGAGGACCGUUAUAAGCAUGUUCUUGAAACCUACUUUAUUGAAAAUGCCAAGUUAUCUCAUCCUCUUUUGAAUGUUGAAGGAACACACAAUAUUCGUAAAGUUUUUCGAGUGUGGACUUCUUUAAAUUGCCUUCCACCAGAAGUUUCCGAUGUUCCAAUCUUCGAUGGUCAUACUGCUGUAAUUCGAGUAACGCAACAUUUAAGCCCUAGGGUUUUUCCUUUCGUUGAUUUCAAGAUUCCUUCAGUUACAAUCUUAAAGUUCUGCAAGAAUGAUGAUGAUGGCUUACUUUACAUUGAAAAACAAGAAGACAAUUGGACUCUCGAAGGGCUUAUUCAAAGCGUUCCUUUAAUUAAUUGGUGGUAUGAUUGUGUGGUACGCGUUGUUGUAGGUGACCUUGUGGCCCGCGCUGGCUCUUUUCUUGCAACUGCAAAUCAAGCAACUUCUCAUUUGGCUGUCAAAGCUAACGAAAUAAGAGAUAAUGGUCAUUCAGCGAUCGCUCAAGGUCAAAAUACAGCAAAGGAAUAUUUAAAUCCAAUCCAAACAUAUAUUACCCAUAGUUAUUCGAAGGGUCAAGAAUUCGUUGAUCAAGCUAAAACCUCUGUCAAAAAUCAGUUCUCUAAACUUGGCGGCAGCGGAAUUCAAUCCAACGGAACCAUUCA